GAGACUCUCUUCGGCACUGAGCACAUGGAGCUCCCUGUCUCUGAGACUCUCUUCGGCACUGAGCACAUGGAGCUCCCUGUCUCUGAGACUCUCUUCGGCACUGAGCACAUGGAGCUCCCUGCCUCUGAGACUCUCUUCGGCACUGAGCACAUGGAGCUCCCUGCCUCUGAGACUCUCUUCGGCACUGAGCACAUGGAGCUCCCUGCCUCUGAGACUCUCUUCGGCACUGAGCACAUGGAGCUCCCUGCCUCUGAGACUCUCUUCGGCACUGAGCACAUGGAGCUCCCUGCCUCUGAGACUCUCUUUGGCACUGAGCACAUGGAGCUCCCUGCCUCUGAGACUCUCUUUGGCACUGAGCACAUGGAGCUCCCUGCCUCUGAGACUCUCUUUGGCACUGAGCACAUGGAGCUCCCUGUCUCUGAGACUCUCUUCAGCACUGAGCACAUGGAGCUCCCUGUCUCUGAGACUCUCUUCAGCACUGAGCACAUGGAGCUCCCUGUCUCUGAGACUCUCUUCGGCACUGAGCACAUGGAGCUCCCUGUCUCUGAGACUCUCUUCAACUUAAAGCAACACCACAGAUUAACUUUGCCCUGUUUGUUUUCUGAGUAUCCCAGAAAAAUAAGUUAUCUACUGCUAUGAGUAAAUGAAUUGUUCAUGGGGAAAAAAUGAGAAAUUUCUCAGAGAAAGAAAUGCACUUCACUGUGGAUUUUAAUAAACUGCACAUUUUGCCAAAAA